UGUCAACCGAAUAGGAGCAGCGAAUUUUAAACUUCAUAAUUGAAACAAUGGACGACCAGGAAAUGCAACUUAAAGUGAAACGAGUAACGGAUAAAUUCACAGAGAGUAUGUACGUCCUGGCGAAUGAGCCGUCGGUAGCUCUCUAUAGAUUACAAGAGCACGUCAGGAGGUCUCUGCCCGAACUCGUCCAGCACAAGACAGAUAUGCAGAGCUGGGAGGAGCAGAGCCAGGGUGCCAUCUACUCUGUGGAAUAUGCUUGCAGUGCUGUGAAAAGCAUGACCAACAGCAGCUUGUACUUCAAGAGCAUUGAAGCUCUGCUCCGGCAGACCAUCCACCUCAAGGACCAGAUGAGCGCUUCUCAGGGACGCAGUGACGUGAGUGUUAGUUCCAGUGCCAUUGCUAGCCAGCCCAUUCCACCACCUCCACCCCCCUCCUCCUGAUUACUGACAGGACCCUAACAUGCCCUCUGCCUUUGCUCAG